AUUGCGCAUGCGGGCGUGUCUCUCGGGACUCUAGAGCAGGGAGUCCCCGGCACCUUCGGUAGGUUUGGCGUGCGCGGGAGUCCGCAGAUCUGGGGCCAGCUUGCACAUUAUAUCACCGGUGUAUCUCUCCUUGCUUGCUUACGUUGCCACCACUUAGGCCUCUAUUGCAGAAAUUGCCAUAGACUCUGAAGGGCCGCGGAAUCGGGAAGACCUUGCUGACUGAUUUACACACUCUCCGCAGACCUGCGUGCACAGUUGAACGGAGACGUGUAGGAGAUUUCAUUUUCCCCCGUUUUGCAGCUACUCUUCGGCCCUGUUAGCUUCUCGGGACGGGCUUCCCCAGCCUCGACCGGAAGGUCGGGCGAAAACUCAGAAAAGCAAUUACUCUUCCCUGGUGAGGCUUCUGGAGGAUCAUUAAUAGCGACAUGAUUCCACUUGCAGCCCUAUAGAGAUUGGUUCCACUCUCUUCCCCUUAACAGUUGUGGUCUUUUCACUUUCCUAUGCUGUUUAAGUGCCAGAAUGAGUGACCGCUAUCUAGAACAAAGGAUUAGUAUCAAGUUUUGCGUGAAAUUGAACAAGUCUGCAAGUGAGACCCACCACCUUUUGAAAGAAGCUUAUGGGAAUGAAGUCAUGUCAAGGGCCCGAGUUUUCGACUGGCACAAAAGAUUUAAAGAAGGGCGGGAAGACGUUCGAGAUGACGCCCGAAGUGGUCGUCCAGUCACCCACCGGACGGAUGAAAAUAUCCAGAAGGUCAAGGACUUGGUUUGUUCAAACAGGCGGUUGACUGUGAGGAUGAUGGCCGAAGAGUUAAAUUUAGAUAAAGAAACCGUUAGACUCAUUUUGAAAGAAAACUUGAAUAUGAGGAAAGUUUCUGCAAAAGUUAUAUCAGGUAUUUUGAAGGAUGAACCUAAACCUCGGAGAUUUGACUUUCAGUCUGAUCUUUCAAAGGAAACUAGGAAAAAUAGCUCGUGUGUAAGGAAAAAGAUAACAAGUUCUGAAACAUGGACUCAUCUCCAGUGUGAAGCUGGUGGGGAAAUACCUCUGCCUGUAUCCCAUCCCCAAAACCACUACCCUGCCAGCCAGCUUCUGCAGGCUUCAUCAUCAACAAGCCUUCCCUCCAGGGCAGCUCAGGAUUGGUUCACCCCAUGGUGAAAGGAAUGUGAGGUAGCUGAGCCUGAGUUAGAAAGCUGCCUCACAGGCACCUUCAUUUGCUGCUCAUCCAUUGUCAGUCUUCACCCGCUCCUUCCCACGUUACCACCCUCCUAGUUACCCUUGCUGGACUCCUGGGCCGUCUUCCAAU